UUACUUUCUUAUUUACUUAUUUAUUUAUUUAUUUAUUUACUUUCUUAUUUACUUAUUUAUUUAUUUAUUUGUUUGCUUAUUUAUUUAUUUAUUUAUUUAUUUAUUGCAUUUGGUUGUGUUUAGGUAACAACAAAUCAUUUUGUGUUUACCCUAAAAAGGGAGUCCUCGCCUUCUCAGAAAUAGCAUCUCAGUUUGUUAAAUUGGGCAGCCUUAAUGAGUACUACUCGUUUUUCUACAACAUGCGGAAAAGAGGGUUCCAUUAUCUUAAUGUUUAUGUUCAAUGCCGAGGUUACGUUCACAGAAUUCAAAUAGGAAAACACGGAUUAUCAUUUGUGAUAGCAAAUUACAACGGAGGUGGAUCACAUGGACAGCAAUGCUUAAAGCUGCACACUCGUAUUAAAGAGGUUUUGAAAAACAAGUGCACCGAGUUCAGAGUCAUCUUUCAAGUAGCUGCUCUAAAGAGAGCCAUAUGUGUCAAUAACAUGAGGACACUUCAUUGGAAGCAUGUGAAUUCAAGGCAUUGCAGACAUGUUGUUAAUAUUUAGAGCUGAUAGGCUCGGCACUCAUCUCGUCUUCUAAGGGAUGUCAUCAUAUUGCAUUCUAUGGUACAUACAACAGGUUAUUAGUGGGAUGUUGGAUUGAUUUGUUAAGUAUCAUGUAAUGACUGCAAUAAUUGGUAUCAUUUGGAGGUAGCUAGUGUAGAAAUGUAGUGUUACUUCCAUAAGUUUUGUUGGUCAAGACUCAAGUUUAGAUGGAAAGAGUUAAAGAUUGUCGAAUGCUUUACUGCUAUUAUAGUAAGUUGUUAGAUCGAAAACUGGUUGGGUAUCUGUUGUAUUGAUUAUUCUAGAACUUGAAACUGCA